GUCUCCUCUCGUGUGGAAUAUUCCAUGUGCUUGACUCAAACUGAGAUGUCUACCCGCUAGAUUGUAUGUUUUACUGAUUCGACAUGAUCAUUUAGAUCUUAACAUCGAAAUGCGGAUUGUGCAUGUCUAUUUUCAUCGGCGAUGGAGGUGGAUCACGCUAGACCCCUUGAAUCGAGGAUUAUAAGGACAUGGUGAUUGCCUUAGACAAGAAUUAGCACCUGUACACAGAAGCCACAACAAUAAAACAUCAACGAGCAAAAAGAAGACAACGAUCAAGAACAACCAGUACAAUGGCAUCCGAGCCAACUCACAGACUUCAUUGGACACAACGCAUUGCUCUAGUCCGACACAACCUCCACUCCGCUCGAAGAACAAACGAUUUCAGCUUCUUCAAGUCGCUCCAGGCACACGCCCUCAUCGAAGGAACCGAUCAUGUCGCCCUUCUCUACUCCUCACUUGGGGAUAACGCCGAUGCUGUUCUAUCUACGCUCGACAACCUAAACGCUGGCAUUGCAUAUGUCCACCAGGAUGCUUUCAAAGCCGUUUACGAUGGUGCGAAAGCUACGAUGCACGGCGAACAAUCACUUUCGAGCAGACGCGCGUCGCUACGAGUAGAUGUGUGCCAGCAGCGCGACAUGGCAGAUCAUGCUAUUGAUAAGACAACUAAUUCUGCUAUCAACCUUAUCCAUGCCCAGCCUGCGUAUUGUCAGGACGCUGUCGCAAAUGCUUGGGUAACCGGAACGACCAUCAUUGCUGACGCAGUUUGCGUCUGCUUGAACGAGAUGAUCAAAAUCGAAGAUAGCCUAGACGACUUUAUCAGCCUCGAGUACUCGUGGAAUUGCAUCCAAUCUUCCGUCGACGCCUCGAUCUCUGCCCUCAGGGGCAUAUUCAGUCUCAUGGCCGUACCCACCACGACUAAUAGCCCCUUCUUGCAACAGCAUGGCCGGAACCUCAGCGUCGUAUCAGCCAAUUCCGACCACUUCAAUACUUCUCCAAAUAAUCAUAGCCGCAGCUCCUCUACUGCCUCAGCGUUCAGCUUCAUCAAACGAGCAUUGAGUCACAGCCAAAUCCAGGCACCAGUGCUAGCUAGAACAGGGCGUAGCAACUCCAUGGCUCUCUCCGUUUCGCCACCAGAUACGACCGGGCGAGGCUUCCGUGCAAGCAUGAGUGCUGCGUGCCCAACCAAGAUGUCGACAUUCGGAAACUACCCGCACACCAUCCUUACUACUAUUCCACCUACGCCCAUGGCGAUGACUGUUGAAGAGGGGAAUCUUAGUCCCUUCAAGCAAACCAAGGACUACUUUGCCUUUGAUAUCGGCAAGCAGAGUGAAAAGAGUGACACGAAGCGUAACUCUGUGGAAGACAUGAUGCAGCAUGAGAGUCUUGACCCACUGUUCUCACCGACACUCGAUGGAGUCAAGAUGCCUCACACGUUGAAUAGAAGACGUAUGUCGGACCCGUACUUGAACCCUGCAAGUCCUAUCGCUGUUUGAUCUUGCUCCAUGUAUACAUCACACACUCACUACAGUAUUGUAUGCACCUAGUGAUUGCAACAUGUGUAAUAUUGAAUCGCGCUUUGACGCCAAAAUAGAAUGACAUUUCUUAUAUCAUGCUUGGUAUUUCC